AUGGAAUCGACUUCGACAAGCGGCACGCAAACCCCAAUAUCGACAGCGUCAUCCGCGACUCAAGGGACAAGCACAUCCAGCGUCUCCGACUCAGAAUCAACUCCUGUGGGCCGCGUCAAGCCCCUGGACUUUUCCGCAUUACAGCAAUUCUUCCCGGACCACUCCUCGUCACCACUGUGGUAUAUCUUAACGACGGCGAUUCUACUGUCCUUUCACAAAGAAAAGCUAACGGGCGAUCUGUGGGCGUAUCUGUUCUCCCGUACGAGUCCUCUGCCCGCCAGAUCCCAAGCUCCGGCUCGCAACGAAGACGACCUGCUCGCCAUUGCACGGCGCAUUCGAGAAUCUUGCCUCAAGGCCAGUACGCUUGUGGGCUUUCCCAGGGCCAUCAACGCUCUCUUUUCGCUGUCUACAUCAAUCAACACCACUGCUCCGACACUUUCAAACAUUCUCGCAUCCGACACGUCAUUGCGCGCCCCUCUGGACGCGACCACAAAAUACGACCGUGGUCUCACGUUCUUCAAGCAAAUCUACACGAAGCACACGUCCCGCGUCCUCUCCGCAAUGGACAGCACGUCCGGCGGCGAUCUCACGCAUUUUGCCAUCAACUGUAUCUACGGCGAAUUGCUGAGCGAACACACCAUCAUUGGCGCCCAGGAGACGGGACUGCUUGAGUUCGUGUGCUGUCUCGCGGAUGGAUGUGGGCCGCAGGCUAAAGGACAUUUCUUCGGCUCUCUGAACCUCGGCGCAAGUAGCGACACACUCCGAGCUUCGGUGGAACUCACGGAAGAGGUAGCACGACAGUUACAGUUAACGUGUCCAUGGAAAGACCCGGACGUGCUUGAGGAGUUUAAGUUUCUUGAUAGAGUCAUGCGAUCUUGA